UCAUAUCGCUUGUCUCAUAUUCUGUUCCUGGGGAAGCUUCUCGCUGACUGUGUGACAACGAUUUGUGUCUGAUUUUCUGAGUCUAAACAGAAGAGUGAAACUAAUAACAUGGCAAGAAAUUCAGAGAAAGCCAUGACGGCUUUGGCCCGUUUCAGAAAUGCACAAAUGGGUGAUUCAAAAAUGAAGGAGCGACGUCCGUACCUUGCAACUGAAUGUGAAGAGCUUCCCAAGGCUGAGAAAUGGAGGCGCCAGGUGAUAUCUGAAAUUUCACGAAAGGUUGCUCAGAUACAGAACGCUGGAUUAGGAGAGUUCAAGAUUCGUGAUCUGAAUGAUGAAAUCAACAAGCUGCUGAGAGAGAAGGGCCAUUGGGAAGCCAGGAUCGUGGAACUUGGUGGUCCUGAUUACAGGAAAGUUGGGCCUAAGAUGUUGGACCAAGAAGGCAAAGAAGUCCCAGGAAACAGAGGUUAUAAGUACUUUGGAGCUGCCAAAGAUCUACCUGGUGUGAGGGAACUCUUUGAACAAGAACCUCCGGCUCCUCCUCGUAAGACAAGAGCAGAGCUGAUGAAGUUGAUUGAUGCUGAUUACUAUGGUUACCGAGAUGAAGAUGAUGGUGUGCUGGUACCUCUUGAGAUGGAACAUGAGAAAGACUUGAUAGCAGCAGCUGUGAGCGAAUGGACAAGUAAGAAAGAGGCUGGACUUCUGGAAGGCUUGACACAGGGAGAGGAAAAGGAAGAAGAAAACAUUUAUGCCGUUGAGCCAGAUUCUGGAUCGGAGGAUGAAGAAAUAGAUGACAAAGAAAUGGAAAUUGAUGGUCAACCAAGAUAUGUGGCACAUGUUCCAGUGCCGUCACAGAAAGAGAUUGAAGAAGCGCUCUUAAGAAGAAAGAAGAUGGAGUUGUUAGAGAAGUAUGCCAGUGAGACGUUACAGCAGCAGGGUAGCGAUGCUAAAACAUUAAUGGGAUUAUGAGAAGACAAUUAAAAACAGACUUUAACAAACUUUAUGAAGAAGCAGCAGCGAUGGACUGAAAUUUCCAAGAGGUCAUCAGCUGUUUGAAGUGCACGAGGAAUAUGCAAGGGGUUCGUGUCGCCACCAAGUUACGGAAGCUGUAACAUUCAUGAGUUCUUUGUAAAGGAACUGGCUUAUCAUCUGAGAGCUGUAAUGUAGUUUUGAUGCAGCUAAAUAUUUUUCUUCCUCUAAGCUACUAUGCCAAUAUUCAAAGCUAUUGGUAUUGGUUUCAAACCAGAGCCUUUGACUGUUAAUGAAGUCUGUACUAAUUCUGAACAGAUAUUAUCUUUCAAACCAGAGCCUUUGACUGUUAAUGAAGUCUGUACUAAUUCUGAACAGAUAUUAUCUUUCAAACCAGAGCCUUUGACUGUUAAUGAAGUCUGUACUAAUUCUGGACAGAUUCCAGCUUUCAAACCAGAGCCUUUGACUGUUUAUGAAGUCUGCACUAAUUCUGGACGGACUUCAGCCUGUAUGUGUGUUGCGCAAUACCUCAGUCACACUGCCAGACCAACUCCAAACCAAGUAAUUACUUGCCAUGGAGCUAAUAUAAUGUUAUGUUCAGGUAAUUGUUGGUCUGGUGUUGAUCUUGUUGGUGUGCCUGUCUGAGCAAAGCUUCAUAAUUUCCUAAGAUCCUUUGAGUACUCUGACAUGCAAAAAGCUGGGAACGGUUUCACAAAGCCUUUUUUCAAUGACAAAUGACAAAAAUCAGUGACAAAUCUGCUGAUAACCAAUCUGUAGCAAGGAUUUCUGUAGCUUAUAACAAAAACUGUCAUUUGUUACUGAUGACAAGUUUUGUGAAAAGGGGCCCAGUACUUUAAAGCAGAUCUCUGGCCAGUGUAUUAUGACACAAGCAGUGAUCAUACCAAAUGUGAGGGACCUAAGAAAGAUGGCUGUGACUUUUAUUAUUCCCUGGUAUGUUUCCAAACAUCAUUCUCACAUACAUAAAAGCGUUGGUCCUGCCAAACCAAACCUCGGUUGGGCCAGCAUUGCCUUCUGGUCAAUUAUAACGAUUUGUGUCUUAGAGUAAAAAAUGAAGACUCAUUGCACAUUUAAUAGGUGCUCUUGCCCAUGUAGCAAACAAAGUGAAUCUAAUUUGUUAGAUAUGUUUCUGUACUGUCAAAGAAAACAAAAGCGAGAUAUUUAUGAAAAUAAUGAAACAAAAUUGAUAAUCAUUUAUGAUAAACAUGCAAUACUAUGUGCCUUAUUUAUGCAUUUACUAACAACUUUUGGAAUGAGUCCUAUGUAAUCUCUACAACCAAUUGUUUCCACCAAUAUUGUUACAUGAUGUAAAAGGCAAGAUUGGCAUGUCAUUGCUGUAUGGAAUUUUUGUUGUUGUUGCUCAUUUCAUGGCAAUAGUAAAAUAUAACUGAAAUUACUUUUGCCUCUACAAUACAAACACCUUUGAACAUUGUCAGACAACUAACAGUUUAUGCAUGCUAUAUAAGGCAACUUCUCGGCCUGUGUGGUAUGUACAACUGGGAUGUACCACUCAUGGUUUUUUCCUUGAAUGAAUGCUUGCAGAUUGCAGUCCUGAAACCUACUGGUGAUAUAGUUUAGAUUAUAAAUGAGAUAAUUUUUGAAAGUACAUGUAAUAUCAGAUCCUCUUAUGAGUAUGGAUCUAGAAGUCUAUAAUCUAAAUUUUGUAAAAAUUAUUUUGAAAAGUGGACAACUUGACCACCAAUGAUGUAUAUUCUUUUUUACUUUACUUAUUGAGUAACAAAUUAUUGAUACAUGUAUUAUUUGUACAUAACCUGUAAAUUGUGUAAACAAAUAAUAAAAAGGA